UGAAAUUCAGUUGGUUGUCGCCGUUUGAAAGAGUCACGCGCUGGGUCUGCAUCUCCGCCCACCUCCUGACCAAAGGCCAUCGCGUUACCUGCUGGAAUCUCUCUCUCUCUCUGUCUCUCUCCCCUACUCGCUCUGUCUCUGUCAAGGUCUCUCUUUUGACCUUGGUCCGGAAGUCGUCAAGCUGAGCGCCCCCGCCGGAAAACCGCCCCUGCCGCCGCGUCGCGAGCAGCAGCCCGAGGCUGGCAUGAGCCUUAAUAGCUUCGGGCCCGGGUCGGGGUCGGGGCGAAAGCGGGACGGACGUGUGUCCAGUGUCGCGCUUAGUCGUCACAAGCUGAAGAUGUCCUUGAAGCGGGGUGGCCCCCCGCCGGCGGCGUCGAGUGGAACGGCGGUGAUGACCACAUCGCUGGAUUCUGUGCAGCAGAAAAUCCCCACGGUUGUGUCGAGCGGCUAUGACAGCGAGAAGCCCCAAGGCGGCAGGAACAACGCGAGCAUAGGCCAACCCAAGUUCAUCCGUUCGGACAUGGCUGACGUACCCGUCCAGCAGGCGGCUGGCUCCACCCUGCCACUGGUGAUCACGCGCAAGAAAGGCGGCGGCGACUCCGAUGAUGGCAACUACAAUCCCUUCGAGCACCGCAAGGUGGAGCAUCCCACAUCGGAUCUGGAGACAUUUGUGCAUCUGCUGAAGGGCUCCCUGGGCUCGGGCAUCCUGGCCAUGCCCAUGGCCUUCUCUCAUGCGGGUCUGUGGUUCGGUUUAGUGGCCACUUUCGCCGUGGGCACCCUCUGCACCUAUUGCGUGCACGUCCUGGUGAAGUGCGCCCAUAUCCUGUGCCGUCGACGCAAGAUUCCGAUGAUGGGAUUCGCAGACGUGGCCGAACAGGCCUUCUUGGAUGGUCCUCCUGCGCUGAACCGCUGGUCCCGCUUCAUACGCUUCAUGGUGAACAGUUUUCUGGUGCUAGAUCUGCUUGGCUGCUGUUGCAUCUACCUGGUGUUCGUGGCAACCAACGUGGAGCAGGUGGUGAGCGUCUAUCUGGAGACCGUGCUGAGUGUACGCGUCUGGAUUAUGAUUGUGACCGUGCCGCUGAUCUUCAUGUGCCUGGUGCGGAACCUCAAGUUCCUUACGCCCUUCUCCAUGAUCGCCAACAUCCUGAUGUUCGUGGGCAUUGUUAUCACCUUCAUCUAUAUGUUCACCGACCUCCCGGCUCCCGCUGAGCGCCCCGGCCUGGUAGCCGUCUCGGAGUGGCCCCUCUUCUUCGGCACCGUGAUCUUCGCCCUGGAGGGCAUCGGCGUAGUGAUGUCCCUGGAGAACGACAUGAGGAACCCCACUCACUUCAUCGGCUGCCCCUCCGUGCUGAACUUUGGCAUGGGUCUGGUCAUUGCCCUGUACACCCUUGUGGGCUUCUUCGGCUUUCUUAAGUACGGUCCCGACACACAGGCUAGCAUUACGCUUAACCUGCCCCUGGAAGACAAAUUGGCUCAGUCCGUGAAACUGAUGAUUGCCAUUGCCAUCUUCUUUACCUUCACGCUGCAGUUCUACGUGCCCAUCUCGAUCCUCUGGAAAGGGCUGGAGCACAAGAUCAGACCAGAACGCCAGAACAUCAGCGAGUACGGACUGCGUGUGGCGUUGGUGGUGCUGUGCGGAGGCAUUGCCGUGGCGUUGCCCAACUUGGGGCCCUUCAUCUCGCUUAUUGGAGCCGUGUGCCUCAGUACGCUGGGCAUGAUCGUGCCGGCGACAAUCGAGCUGGCCGUGUACCACGAGGACCCCGGCUAUGGACGCUUCAACUGGCGGUUGUGGAAGAACUCGGGCCUGAUACUGUUCGGAGUGGUAGGCUUUGUGGCCGGCACAUACGUGAGCAUCAUCGAAUUCCAUGCCGAGUUCAGUGGCGGCCAUUAAGCCUCCGCCUCGUGGGGCCGCGCAGCUUAUUGCUAAUUUAAUUUAAAUUAGUCUUAAAUGAAACUCGUCUAAGCACAGGGAUGUCUAAGUUAAGUUUUUAACUAAUUUUAGGGCUAACCAAAGUUUUCUAGGACUCUAAACUUCCUGUCUCCCCAUGUGGUUAUCCUGCUUCCCCUUUUCGUCCUGCUCCUCUUUCUCUUCCCCUCACUCCUUUCAACUAUCCCCCCAUGCCCCAUUAGCCCCAGCUGCAAACCGAAAGGAAACUCUUACAAACAACAAAAGUAUUUCGAUUUAGUCGAUGCCAUGUUCACCACGCGGACGUGGCAUUAAGCUUACUUAGGAAUUCUUCUAGAAGUGAUUUUGUAUCGUAGUGAUUUUGAAAACAACUUAGUCGUAAUUUAGUUCCUACUAUCGUUGUUCGAACUAGGCCAAGACACAUGGACGGACGCAGCCAAAAUUUGUUGCUUCUGCUCGUCUAUUUUUUUUGUUUUUUUUUUUUUCAUAUACUGUACAUUAUAUACGCCCUAUUUCAAUAAUCAUGACAUAUUAUCCAAUACACAAAGACCCGUUGCCCCUCACUGGCUCAAUAAACACCAGGGGCAACAGAAAAUCGCAUUAAAAAAAAAAUAAAAUCUUUGAAAACCA